GGUUCUCCUCCCACUGUCACACGAAACACAACACUACUCCGUCUCUUUCACUGCAAAAUUCUCUUCUUCUUCUUUUUUAUCUUUCCCUAAAUUCCCUCUCCAGUAAUCCCAAAUCGAAUCCACAACGAUCGCGACGUCGCCAAACAGAUUCAAGAGUCCUGAAGGAUAUGAUGCAUCAACUGUCUUUAAUUUUUGAGGGCGUUGGAUUUAAGUAGAAGGGAAUGGGAGGCUGCUGCUGCUGUUGUUCUUCCAAGAGAGCUGAAUUGAACAGCCCAACUGGAUACUAUUAUUACCCUAGGGCAUUGGAGGAACGUGUUCCCUUGUCAUCUCCCCAUGUUGCACCUUCUGCAGUCUCUUCAGGGUUAUUGGUUGAUACAAAUCUGGACACAUCAAUUCCUGAUGCUUACAGACCACCACCGGUACCUAUGCCAUUUGAUGCGACUCCUGGGCCUCCUCAAGCUCGAACUACAGCUCAAGAAAUUUCAGGUGAUAAGAGAGAUGCAUCGGUGCAAACAACAAUUUCCGAUUGUCUUCAGGAGUCAGCUGAUGGUAAUGACCUAGAUACUUCUCAGAAGUGUGAGGAUCUGAAGCAAUCAAACAAAGGCGAGAUCAAUUAUGAUAUUGAAUCAUUGAAUGAGGAAGAAAUUGAGCUUUCAAAGUCAGCUAUACCUGUUUCUGCUGUGGAAGAGGAGGAUGCUUGUCCUAUCUGUCUGGAUGACUAUGAUGUCGAGAAUCCCAAACUCACCACGACAUGUGAGCAUCAUUUUCACCUUGCCUGCAUUCUUGAAUGGAUGGAAAGAAGUGAUUCCUGUCCCGUAUGUGAUAAGGAACUGAUAUUCGACCCUCCAAUCGAUUAGUAACAAACAUCCUGGAAGUUCAUUACAGUUCAACUUCUUAGCCAAGGUUACAGGUGCAUGAAGUUCUCAGUUUUUGAGUUUGCUGUUCAGUGUCUGCAGAUUUGGAUUCUCUCUCUUUUUCUUUGUCCCAUCUCCCUCUCCCGGUCUCCCUCCCCCUUUCACUCUAUAGGAGUUGAUGCCUUUUGAGGUACCUGUUGCCUCUAUGAUAAAUUCCCUUGAGCUGGGAAAAAUUACUUUGAACGUUACCUGGUAGUAAAAAUACAGGGGAAAAAGUUUGUGGAGGAAAAUGUCAAUGAAGCCAUACACAUCCCUCAGUCUCCAAUGUCUCUAUACAUUUAUACAUUCUCACUGGUACUUGUAUCACCAUAUUAAUUGUAAGUUGCAUCCUUAGAAGUUCAUAAAAAAAGUUGCAUCGCUAGAAAUCCAAUUAUCCAAGACGGUCACGUGGUUUGCCCACAGAGCCAGAUUACUUC